GCAUAUAUUGCAGAAAAUUGAUCACAAUCUUGUAAACAGUGCGAGGAAUAAUGCCUUUACGGCUUACCUCCACUUAUGCAACUUUUGGUUUGUUUACGGUUUUUUGCUACCGGGGCAUUCCACAAACUUAUUGGAGACAGCUUCAAUGUGUCCGAGUGCACUGUGGGAAGGUGCUGUCGUGCCGUGGCCAAUGCCAUCGUCGGCGUCCGAAGCGACUUUAUUGAAUUUCCCAAGGAUCACAAGGCCAGGGAAACCAAACAAGAAUUCUUGAAAAUUGCAGGGUUUCCAAAUGUUUUGGGAUGUGUAGACGGAACUUUCAUAAGAAUUAUUGGUCCAUCUGAAAAUGAAGCCGAUUUCGUCAAUAGAAAGGGUUUUCACUCACUCAAUGUUCAGAUGGUGUGCGAUGCAAAAUUUAAAUUUACAAGUGUCUGCGCUACCUGGCCAGGUAGCGUACACGACAGCCGAGUUUGGAGGGAAUCUGCCCUGUGCCGACAAUUUGAACAAGGUGAACACAAUGGAUUUCUUCUUGGAGAUUCGGGGUAUCCUUGUCGUCGAUACCUGAUGACACCCUACCUCAAUCCUGCCACUGAUGCUCAACAGCGUUUCAACGCCUCGCUCUGUCGAACAAGAGUGCUUGUUGAGCAGAGCUUUGGAAUUUUAAAGAGACGUUUUGCAUGCCUUCAAGCAACACUAAGGACGAAUCCUGAUCAAGCUGCAACGUAUGUUGUCGCAUGUGUUGUUUUGCAUAACAUUGGGAUAGAGAGUGGCGAUGUUAUGGACAAGGGCUGUGACGCUGCAGAUGCCAAUAGUAAUCAGGCAGAUCACCAAGUAGCCUACAACGCUCAAGAGGGUAGUCACAUGCGAGAUUAUAUAGCAAACACAUAUUUUGGAUAAACGUACAUGUAAUAUAUGUAGACCCAGAGAAGAUUUGGAUUAAGAAAACAAACGCAUGUGACGAUAACUCAUUGUCUUGUAGCAUGUUAAUUUAUUAAGUGCAUGUUUUAAAAACACUAGAUAAAUUGAAAAC